AUGAUCUGUGAUUUCUUCAGCAUAUCUUGGCUGCAGUUCAUUGCUGUUCAACAACUCUUUUUUGUGCAUUGUUACAGGCUCUUAUACGUCAAUCCCUGGUGUUGCAGAUACUUCCAUAAAUUUGGUGACUUGAGUACUAUUAGUGCCAUCCGAAAAAACUCCCAUGUGCGAGCUCAUGGCAAUAAAGUGCUGAGUGCUCUUGGUGACUGCGUACCCCACUUGGGUGACAUCAAAGGUCAUCUUGCCCCACUCAGCAAGCUGCAUUGUGAGACACUCCAUGUGGAUCCAGCAAAUUUCUGUCUUCUGGGAAACACUAUUGUAGUUGUCCUGGCCAUCCAUUUUGGAGCUAAAUUCACUCCUGAAGUCCAGGCUGCCUUUCAGAAACUGGUCGCUGUGGUUGCUGCUGGACUGUCCAAUCAGUAUCACUGAAUAAUCCAAGCACAGCACAGGGGUUCAUGGUGCGCCAUCAAAAUCACAGCUAGGAUUCAAUGUCAAUGGAUUCCUGAUUAUUGAAAAUCAUAAAAAUCCAACUGCCAACAGAUUGCAUAAUGUCAUCUUUUGAAUAAUAUGCUGCAAUGUAAUAUAGGAAUUAUUGCAUGUAUUAGGUAUUGUCUGCUGAGACUUAUCACAUCAGCCAUUAAUAUUAAAUAAAUGCACACUAAACAUUGAUGUCAGUCAGAAAUAUAAUAAAACCUCUGUAAACAUA